AUGCUCGUGCUGUAUUCGGCCCUUUGGUGGGAACAUAAUAUUAUGCCUCUCGAAGAGUUUAGUGAUUUUUAUGGAUUCUCUUCGCCAGAAACACAGCAACAUAAGCAACCGUAUUAUUAUGAAGUCCAAAGGAGUGGUUACGAUGGAGAGGAUUUUAGCAGAGAAGAGGAUAUCAAUUGGUUUAGCAUUGAGCGGGACCGACUUCGCGAGCGGGAUCGGCAGGCCCGGGCGCUCAUGAACUGCGAGCCGAGCCCGACCCCAGGCGGCGCCCCUCUCUUCGGCGCACCCGUCAGGGUGAGCCCUUCGCCAGGAGAUAGGGUGAAACAAAAUAUUCAGAGUAAAUUGGGGGAGUACGACAAGGUGAAGCACCUUCUGGAAGAACCCAAGCAGCUCCUCGGCUUCGAUGGCAUACCAGCUUCGCCUGCCCCCGCCCAACCACCUCCGCCGGCGAGGACCCACGAGUUCAAGAAACCUCCCUACCAUCCCGCACCCAAUCGUCCGCCUUAUAGGUCGAGUUGUAUCAAGAAUAACGAUGUGAAGCCGAGCUACAGCUGCGGGAGAGGGUUUUACCCCGGGCAGCCGGUGAAGCAUGGGGCCAACGGGGUAGUCAGUGCAUCCAAGGCCCCCCCAAUCCACCCCCAUCAGAGGCCUAUCAGCAGGAACCUUCAGCAUCGCCCGCACCUACCAGAGCUCAUGAUGCAUAAAGACAUGAAUCGUUCUUCUAGCUCAACCGAUGUGGAGCACAUUCUGAAGGAGAUGACGGAGGUUAUGGCACCUUUGACAGCGAUAGCUUCAACUCCAAGGAAAGAAGUAGAGUCCAAGUUCAGCUUUGCUCCUGACUUUUUUGGACAGUUUUCUGAACCGGUGGAGAUGCGAUCAGUUUUACUUUCCCCACCGAAACCAGAUUCGCCACCACCUCUGCCAUUGUCUCCACCCCCAGCCACACCCUGUCCACAAAAGCAAUAUAAAUCUCUGACAGAGCUUAGUAGACAUGGGUCUGUACAGACAGGAUUUCCUUCAGGUGAUCUUGUUCAUGACCUAAGUUUAUCUGAAGAUAGUGAUGAAGAGACAAAGGUUCCUGAACCUCCAAAAAUCCCUCCAGUUGAAGUUCAGCCUAAUAGAAUUGUAGAUCUUACACAAUCACCGGGCCCUAAAAUGACUUUAACAUCACCUGCAGUUAGUGUUGUUCCUGAAGCAGUGAGACCAAUGUCAGUUUCACCUGAUGGGAGUUCUUCUAGCAGCGAUUCUGGUUCUGACAGUUCAGAAAGUGAUUCCAGCACUUCAACACCUGUUCCUCAAGAACUUCCCAACCCAGUUCUUCCAGAGCCUCCUAGACAAAGUUGGGAAUUGAAAUCUUUUCUGCAGCCUCCUGCCAAUCCAGAAAGAAAACCAACUCCGGAACCUCCACCACCAAUUACUGUGAAACCAUCUAAAAUUGAAGAUGAUUCUGAACUUGAAUUAGGUGAUGAUGUGUUAUCCAAACCAUUGCUGUCAAGUUUAUCAGACAGUGAUGCUGAAAAGAAGGGGAAACAAAAACCUGUAGGCCGCCCAAAGCGUAGAAAAAAACCAGUUAAAAGCUUACCUGUUCAAACUGACAGUGAAGAAGAAAAUGAGGUUGUGCAACCUAUAAUACCAUCACCUCGCAAUACGAGAGUUUUAAAUAAAACACCAUCAGGAAGUGAAAGUGAAGUUAAAGGAAAUGUAAAAAGAGAUAAACAAUUUAAAAAACGUCAGCCUUCUACUCCAUCUCGGAAACCAUCUUCAGAAAGAGCAAGGAAGAGAACACCUGCUGCAACUAAUACUAAUUCGGCUCAAAAAACUCCCGAAUCUGAAUCCUUAUCAAGGAGAGGUAGGAAAAGAAACAUAAAAACUCCAGUAGCAGCUAGCAACACUGAUGAUGAUUCUAAAAGGAAACGUAUCCCUAGCAAUUCAGAUUCAGAUGAUGAAUCAUGGUCUGUCCAUUCUACUGUUUCUAGGAAAAGGAGUAACAGGCGUUCUGCAAAAGAGAGUUCAAGUGAGAGAACUAAGAGAGAAACGGGAUGGAACAAAUUAUCAAGUAGUGAUGAAGAAACAAAUAAUAUAGUUUCUUCUCCUCUAAAACCUAUUUCAAGAGUUCCUCCUGCUCCUGGGAAAAGGCCGCCUAAAGGAUCUAGUGAAAGUGAUGCUGAAAAAGAGGAAAGUCCACCAAAAUUAGAUUCAGAUGGGCAAACUAUCCAAGACAAAAAGAAAAAUGACACACUAAGAAAACUUUUCUCAAAAAGAGACAAUGAGGGUGGUGGUGGAAAAGGGGGUGGUAAAGGAGGUGGCAAAGGUGGUGGCAAAGGUGGAGGAAAGUCCGGUGCAAAAGGAGGUAAAUCAGGUAUUUCAGUUAUUGAAUGUGAUCCUGAACGAACUUCUCAUGUAAAUAAAGUAGAAAUGACUCCCCCAGUGGUAUCACAUACACCACAGCUUUCCAGAAUACCGGAGAUAUUUGUAGCUGAGGAAACAAAGGCAAAAGGUAUUGUUAUUCCACCUUUGACUUAUACAAAUGGUAAGCCAUCAAUAAUGGUUAGCUUAGAUUUAUCUAGGCUGCCCCAUUUACCUAGUAAACGUAGGUCAGAAGAAAUCAGAACUAGGACAGAAUUAUCAGAUACGAGGCAAAUUAAAGCAAAGAAAACUGAGUCUGAUUCAAAGUCUGAAAAAAGGGAACGUAAAUCUUCAGAGAAACAUCGUUCAAGAGAUGAUAAAUUGAAGAAAAGGAAGAAAUCUCCAUCAGCUGAAGUUAAAGAAGAGAUUCAAAAGCCCAAUAACUUAGAAGUUAUUAAACGCUUAACACCUGAAGUAACUAUAGAAUCAGAAAAUGCUUCUUCAAGUACUAGCACCACCAAAAAGGAUCGGAGAUCAAGUACAAGCUCCACUACAUCAUCGCAUGCUGGAAAUUUACAUCACUCUAGCACACAUCAAAGUGUUAAAAGGAAGAAACAUAGUGAACGCCAUGGUUCCAAGAACGAAGGAACGCUUGUUGAUGCUCCACCUACUAAUCAUGAACGGGAAAGAAGAGAUCAUGAAAAAGAUAAGGAUAAAGAAAAGAGGAAAAAUUUGCAGUAUUUCUCAUACUUUGAAAAACCAGAGGAAACAGAAUUGUGUGAUACUGAUGAUAAGGAUCAGUUUUUAUCUGAAGCCAAGAGAUUAAAAAAUGGUGCAGACCGAGAACAAGAUGAAUCAGCUCAAGGAAUGCAGUACCUUGAAGCAGUUAUGUAUUUCUUAUUAACAGGAAAUACGAUGGAACUGGAAAGUGAGACAGAGAAAUCUGCUCACACAAUGUAUAAAGAUACAUUAAAAUUAAUAAUGACAGCUGGCUUUCAGCCUCCUAGGCCUACAUUUAAUUUAAAGGACAUCGCUUCCAAAUUCAGAAGUCACCAAACACAAUCCAGUAUCCACAGCAAAUUAGCGGUAUUGAGUUUGCGUUGUCAAUCUCUUCUGCACCUGAAACUGUUUAAAAUGAAGAAAGCAGAAGUUACUGAAGUUAUAAAAAUAGUUUCUGAUCAUAUGCAAAAGGCUACUCCUACAACACUGGAACAAUGCAGCACUUCAGUUGUCCAAGGACAAGGUACGCCUUCACCAUUGUCUCCAACUCCUUCACCAGCUGGUAGCGUAGGAUCUGUUGGUUCUCAAUCCUCAGGGUAUAGCAGUGGUGAACUACGAGGUGGCCCCAUACCUCAAGUACCCCCUCAUAUACCUGUAGCACCAACUGGACAAAUUGUUGCCCUUCCUCUUCACGUUCAUAAUGCAUUUCAAAAGGAGCAUGUCCAUUUCAAUUCUCUCAUGGCAUCUCAUGAUCUCUGGGAUCAAGCAGAUGCUCUUGUGCAUAAGGGAAAACAUAAAGAUUUUUUUAUUGAUUUGGACAGAAGUUGUGGACCACUAACUCUUCAUAGUUCUUUGAAAGAUCUAGUACGCUAUGUGCAGUAUGGAAUAAGUCGUUUGAAGGAGCUCAGGAAUGACUCAACAUGA